AUGUUGUCCAAACUAUACGAAGACACUUCUAUUCCAGUGACGAAGGAUCAGGCCUCUCUAAUCGUGAGUUGCUAUUCGCUAGGAUCGAUCGUAGGCCCAAUCUCAAUGGUGCUAAUGGUUGACAGAUGGGGAAGAAAAAUCACAAUGAUACUUAUAGCGAUUACAUUUUUGAUCGGAGGUACCAUGCUCACCUUUGCUCAAAGCUACUGGUGGUACUAUAUCGGAAGGCUUGCUUGCGGAUUCGCAACGGGAAAUGUCAUAGCGUUAGUUCCCACCUACUUGACGGAAAUCGCAGAGGAUAGAAUACGCGGAGGCUUGAGUAUCUUGAUCACUGUCAUGUUUAACUCGGGAACGGUAAUAUCCUACAGUGUUGGCCCAUGGGUUAGCGUGUCUGUUUUCGGAGCAUUUGGAAUAGCGAUACCACUCGUGUUCUUCUUGCUCGUUCCGUGGAUGCCGGAGACACCUUACUUUUACGUAAUGAAGGGUAAGCCAGACCUCGCCAGGAGGAGUCUAGAAUUUUUGAGAGGCACAACCGACGUCGACGAGGAGAUUGAGAAGCUGAAGAAAACGGUGGAAUUCGAUCUCCAGAAUGGUGGGACAUUGAGAGAGCUCUUAACGGAUAAAGUAAACCGUAAGGCUCUACUAGUUGUCCUUGGGAUUUUAUCAGCGCAACAGUUGUCCGGAAUUACAAUCAUCUUAUAUUACAGUACCACCAUUUUCAAUCAGGUUAGUUCCAACAUAUCUUCGAGUAUUUCCGUCAUCAUAACUGGAGUCGUUCAGCUCAUGGCAUCGAUCGUAGCAGUCUCUUUUGCCGACAGAGUAGGCAGGAGACCGUUAAUGCUUGGAUCCAUGUUUUCCAGCAUGGUUUUUAUAGCAGCCCUGUCAGCGUACUUUCACUUGCAAGAAAUCGGAAAUGAUGUCUCUAAAAUUUCGUGGCUCCCAGUCACUGCCAUAGUUGGCUACUUAUCGGCCUACGCGGUAGGACUAGGCAGCAUGGCCUUGCCCAUUCUCUCCGAACUACUUCCAUGCAACCUCAAGGCUUACGGCAUGCCAAUUGCUGCCACCUGGUCUAUGGUGGUUGGAACCGUGGUUACGCUGGUCUAUCCGAUUGUAGAAGUUGCGUAUGGUAACCAUACUGCGUUCUACUCGUUCACGAUCUGUGUUGCAGUUCAUCUGAUCGCCAUAUUCUUCUAUCUACCCGAAACCAGACAGAAAUCAUUGGGUGAAAUCCAGCAGAUGCUACGUGUGCGAUCCGAAUAAAAACAGAAACUGGAACCAGUUCCUACACCCGAAUGCAGCCGAAGUAAUUCGUUAUAUUGUAUUGCGAUCGGGACGAACUGAAUUUUAUGUAACUAACUAAUGCAAAGAUCAGAUCCAGUCAUGAGAAUCAAAUAAAUAUUUAAUAAAUUUGAGAAAAUUCAAGCAUACUUAACCUGCAUUGUUAAUUACCUUAAUUCACAACCUCAUUCAUUUAAUGC